UAUAUGAUGUUGAAAUAGAUGCAGGUUAUGAGUAUCAUAUGUGUUAAUUAGUUGGUUGAGUUGCUAGUUCUAGGUAGUGGUUCGUAGAUAGUACAUAUAUACCCCUUGAGUACAGGGCGUAGACUUCCAGCCACCUAAUAUUCCAGCAUAUGAAGUCUCUUACUGAUGUUAUUCUCACAGAAACAAGCUCAGAAAUAUCACGAUGCUGGGAAUACUCUCACUUACAACCCCGAACUAGGUGUCAGCUCCGAACAACUAGGACCUGGUGCUUAUAUAAGUCCCAUCCGUGCAGAUUGGCCUAUGUCGGAUUCCAACUGGGACUGCGCUAUUCUCGCCGACUCCACUGCCUGGAAUCUAGUCAACAAGGCAUGGGUACCCGAGACUGCGGAUGAUGGCUGUACACCGCUAUGGUAUAAUAAAGGAAAGCCGAACAGGGACGCAUACCUGAGCGGGAUAGGCGGGCCGGGAUUUACGACGUCGAAUACGGUACUGUUAAGCCAGAUCCAUCAAUUCGAAAAGCUGCAGAUAUUGAUUCCAUCAUCGUUGAUGGGAAAAAGUGGUGGCUUGAACUUAAAUGUCCAAUGCGCCGCGAAGACGAACCAACAAGGAAUCGGCGAGAUUAGCGUAUAUGGCGAUGUCGAUUGGUAUAGCUGGACCAACGUAAAAGGCACCCCACAGUAUGUCAACCCUUCAUAGUGGGAUGAUAAGAUCGAAGGCAGAGGACGACGGGAUUAUUCAAUUUCAAGAUAAUACUCUAUAAUAGAUGUAAGAAUUAUGGAAACUGAAAGUUGUUGUAGUCGUAUACUGCCGUCUCUGUGUGAUAUAGUUUGCCCCCAUAAGAUCCUAUGG